AUGCAUCUCCUUCACAAUGCCAUAUCGCCGAAAUUACUCUCUACUAUUAAACACAGUUAUGAACACGAUGAAUCUCCCUCUCAUGAGCACAUCGCGAAUCAAGAACUUUCAUUUCAUAUGAGUGUCAUUGACAUAACAAUAUUAGCGUCUCCUAUGUACUCUCUUGGUCUGCCAAUAAAUCCUUUUGCUUCGGGUAGUGCAUGUGGUAAAAACCCAUAUACAAAAAAUGCAAACACAUCCUACUAUCCUGCUGUUCUGACCUUUUCCUAUGUUCAAAAGUUGGUCUUACCACCUAUGAUUUUACACAUAAGAAAACCGCACUUCUUUUCCAGUGUACUUCACAAUUCUUUGCUUCCCAGUUUGACCAAAACUGAAGCCAGACUUGUCCACCUCCAGGAAUCCAAGCCAGCUAAUUUGGCACAACAAGCCAGCAUGCGAUGGAUGGAAUCUGAAAUUUUCACUUCCACCUCUUCCUUGCUUAUAUACACACGUCAAUUAUAUGAGACACUGUACUCUGCUGAGUCCAUUGACCUUGAUGCUACUCAUAAUCUCAUCCAGUUCUUACCCUUGUCUGACUGCCUCUCCUUGUCCAGUUCUGCCUCUCUCAUUUAUCUCAUCACUGCUUCCAAACUUGAGUCCAUAUUGAAUCUCACGCCCAUCAACUCCAGCCCUGGUUUGGAUGGUCUUCCUUAUCCUCUGCUAGCAACACUUCUAUCCUCAAGAACUGAUGCCUACUUUUGUUUAUUAAUUGCGAUGCCAAAAUAUUCACCAAGCUCCUUGCUGCCAGGCUCCAUUCUUGCAUCAGACCUCUUAUCACUUCUUUCUAAUCCAGCUUUAUAUCUAACCGGUUUAUUGCUGACAAUGGCCUUCUUACCCACCUUGUCAUUCCUUUGUCUCUUCUUCUCCACUCAGAUCCACGUCAAUGUCAACAGCUUUGUCUUGGCUUCGUUCUCUCAAGGCGACCCCCUAUCCUCCCUUCUCUUCAAUUUGGCCUUUGACCCGUUACUUCCAUCUAUUUUCUACUCGCCCCUUAUUUUGGGUUUCGUCUUCAACAUUCCCUCUCGCAUUUCCCCUCCUCAUUCAAAUCUUUCAUGCAAAUUUCUCAAGUUGUUGACUUACGUCAAUGACUUGCUUAUACUCCUCUCUUUCUCUUACAAACUCGCGCCUCUGCUUUCCCUGCUCUUCGUAUAUGGUAAGGCCUCCAAUGCCUACAUGAAUCUUGACAAAACCAUUGCCAUUUCCCUCUCUGGAAAUUUUACACCCAAUUGGGACCCUGUCUUGACUUUGGCUGAUAUUACUAGCCUUCACAACCAUAACUCUGCCAAUACAAUCUACUAUCUUGGUUUUCCUCUUUUAUCUCAUCUCUGCCAACUUGACUCUUUCCAUUCUGCCCCCCUCAGCAAGCUCGACCAGCACUGUCUUGUCCUUGCACAAUGUUGCCUGUCUGUCCAUGGUAAGAGCCUGGUCACUAACUCUCUCCUUCUCAGCACCAUCUGGUACGUUUUGUACAUUAUGCCUGUACCACCUUCCUUCUUUACUACCAUCUGCAAGUCCAUUCGCACCUAUCUUUCCCUUGGGUUUGGUAGCCCUGCGUGGGAUCUUCUCUGUCAGCUAUAA